CCGUGAACAACGUCAGCCGGACUGACUCCCUGCGUCCGCCAGUCCCGCCACAGAUUCAUUUGGGAUCCUCAAACAGAGGAGCCCGUAGAGACGAGGGAUCAAGGCAGCCGUUUAGAGCCAAUUGCCUUCUUCGGGGACUGCCAGCUCCUCCAGGCCUGGCGAGGGGGAGGGAGGGAAAAGACAGCCGGGCGCCGCUGCGGGAAGACGCUGAAGCAAGAGCGACACUCGCCCCCCGCCCCCACCUUGCAGCGCAGGCUUUGAAACCUUCUCCCCCCAUCUGAAUGGAAACUCGGAACCGCCAGGCGGCAGGUUCCUUCUCGCCCAGCCUUGCAAUCCAUGCCGAGGGGAAGGCGGUGCGAGCCCGCGCCAGCGCCCAGUUCCCGGGACAGGGCCGGUAAUGCUAAGCAGAACUUGACCGAGCGUCUUCCUCGCUGCUAGUGGAAGCGAUGCUGCACGGCACAGCCAGCGCUUCCCAGGCUCUCCUUCAAGCUGAAGGUUACCCACCCGCGCAGCCAGCCCUAACCCUGUGAGCGCCCGGCCUCGGGUCCCAGCUCCGGCUGCUUGGCGGCGGCACGCAGGGCAACUACUGGGCCGCCCGCGCUGGGGCGCACUGCACCAGAGGCUUCGGCUUGGUGGAUGUGUAUGCAUGAGUUCUGCACCGAAUGGGCGCAAAAAGCGCCCCAGCCGGUCCACCCGCUCCUCAAUCUUCCAGAUCAGCAAACCCCCGCUGCAGAGCGGCGACUGGGAGCGCAGGGGCAGCGGCUCCGAGAGCGCCCACAAAACCCAACGAGCCCUGGACGACUGCAAGAUGCUGGUCCAAGAGUUCAACACACAAGUGGCCCUGUACCGAGAGUUGGUCAUUUCUAUUGGGGACGUCUCUGUCAGCUGCCCCUCACUCCGGGCAGAAAUGCACAAGACAAGAACCAAAGGCUGUGAAAUGGCCCGUCAGGCACACCAAAAACUUGCUGCCAUCUCAGGGCCGGAAGAUGGGGAGAUCCACCCAGAAAUCUGCCGGCUUUACAUCCAACUGCAGUGUUGCUUAGAAAUGUACACAACAGAAAUGCUAAAAUCCAUAUGUCUGCUGGGGUCUCUUCAGUUUCAUCGAAAAGGAAAGGAGCCUGGUGGGGGAACCAAAAAUUUGGAUUGCAAAAUCGAGGAGAGUGCUGAGACACCUGCUCUAGAGGACUCCUCCUCAUCCCCUGUGGACAUUCAGCAACAUUCCCAGCAGGUUUCCACGGACAUUGAGAACACUGAAAGAGACAUGCGAGAAAUGAAAAACCUUUUAAGCAAACUCAGGGAAACUAUGCCUUUACCAUUGAAAAAUCAAGAUGACAGCAGCCUUCUAAAUCUAACUCCCUACCCCCUGGUUAGAAGACGGAAGAGAAGGUUCUUUGGGCUGUGUUGUCUCGUCUCAAGCUAGAUGAUUCCUCCUGGAAAUUCGCCAUUGGGAAGACCUGAAAAUAUCAUAGAAUAUGAAGACCUCUGGACAUCUGAACAACAGUUAUUGGUUUUUGACUAUAUUUUCUAUGCUUCCUUAUUACUUUUAUCCACCUCCCCCUGGCCUUUUAAAUGAUUUUACAUUUGAAAGCAGCUGCUGUCAAAAAAAAGAAAAAAAAAUUUAAAAAGCAGGCUGUUUUUAAAAAGAUUUUUAAAGCUGACAUUGUGCAUGUCCGCUCCAAACCAUACCAUGACAGAUGCAAGAAUUAUGAUUUUUAAAUUAUUUAAAGGUUUUUUAAAUAUAUUAUACAGAGAAAAAUUAUUUCAUGUACAAUAGUAUAUCUACAGCUCUUGCUGAUCUCGUUAACGAUUUAUCAUAGAUAAAAGAGUCUUUAAACAUAGAAAUCUACUUAAAACUGCAAAACUGUGUUCAAAAAUCCAAUCAGUAUUAUUAGAAAUGAUAUUAUAAUCAAACAUAUGCCACCUCACCUGUUGCUUUCUCUGCACUCAGUUACAUUUAGUCUUCCAUUCUGUCAGAAUCUAAGAGCUUCGACAUAAAAAUAUCUUAAUUUGUAAUGCAACAAAAACCAUAUAUGGAAAGUAUUGAAAUUUUGUAAAUACACGAUAAUCCUAAUACCUUCGUACAAUGCAUAUGGGCAACUAAUUUCCUUUUGAUCCAAUGGUGUCUUUUUCAGCUUCUUGGAGAAUGAAGUAAUCCAGUUAGAAAAUGGUGUAGUAACAUAUACAAUUACCCUCCAAUGUAAAAUUGAAUAUUAUCACAUUCUGUUCUAAUUGAAACCUGAAGCAUGGUGUCUGCACAUCGGCAUAGUGUUAAAUCUUAUAGGGCAUGCUCGAAUUAGCCCAGAUCAUAAAAAUAUUUAACCUUAUACAUUACUAAAAUCUUUUUAGUUAAGCUAAGCUUGUCUCCUUUAGAUGACUAUGGAGAUAUGACUUCUCCAGUGUGUAUUUGGUGUCUUGUCUUAUGCUUAGAAUCUUGAAAGCAAGACACAAUAAGCAAUACUGUAUUUUAGAAAAGGAGGAAGCCACGGGCUUUGUUUUUCUGCUCACAGCUUUGUUGUGAUCUUCCUCCACUAACCGUGUAACAUGGUACAAAUUUUGUUAUAUUUUCCCCUGUUGUUCCUUUGGCCCGUUUCCCAAACAGAAUUUCCCAUGGGUUGAGAGAUCAGGCCUUUGGACUUUUCUUGCUUUCCAAAAGAUCCUAAAGUCAGACAAGAGACACCAGUGUCUAGUACAAUAAAAAGAUGAGCUAGAUGUCUGUAAGUGGUUUAUCCAAGACACAUCUUUAAUCCCAACCCUAUACUUUCCCAGUACUUAUGUGUACAUUCAUUUAUACGCCCACCAAUAUUCUGACCUAAAAACCAAAUAUAUUGAAGUGUCUACCUUUCGUGAAGAUGAAGAGAGGUACAGAUGAACUACUGGAAAAAUUACUGUAUUAGGCUGAAUUAUAUGAAAUUGCUGAUAUUGGACUGUUUUGACCCACAGAAGUGGCAGUUUCAUAUAACUCAACCUAGUAUCUGUUGUGGAAAUUAUACUUGGAAUUGUCUUCUAGCUUUUGUGAUUGAAAGGAAAAUGAUUAAAGUGCUAGAAGAGAUCUCAAAAGGCUCUGCAGGUCUCUAUUUAGAUUAUGCCAGCUGGUUGUUAGCCUUAUUCUUGGAAUCCAGAGUUGUGUUCCAAUGAACUGGUAAUGAAUGCAUGGUUAUAGGUAUGCCUGACUUCACACAAAGAAGUACCCUUGAAAAUUACAUGAGGAAGUCACAAUUUUCUAAAUCACAUAUGUGUGAAACAGUUGUGUGAAUGAAAUAGGAAUGUGCUACUUAAAGACUCCUAGGGUGGAUACGCCCUUGCCGAGUAGGUAAUUACUCUCAGAGUUAACUGGUCUGCAAACCCUGAUUUUGUACAUCAGGUUUGAUUAAAGCUUAAUAUCCUUUCCCGAAUGCCAUCCAUUUUCAUCCCCUGAGGUUAAUUCACUUAAGGUCCAUUGUUUUAGAAACUGUGAAGUAGCCCAAUUUGGCAGGCUCUCAGCUCCCAUUCCGACCUCUCCCCACCUUCUACCAUAUUGAACCCUUAGCUUCAAUCUAGUUCCUACUAAUUCAUGUAAAGUUAUUACCUGAUAGGCCCAACCUUGGUGUUCAGCACGUUCUUCUAAAUGCCUGACCUAAAUCACUUCUGCUUGGUUAAUUUGUGCUCACUCUCGCCUUAGUCUCAGUGUGAAAGUAACACUUACCUUCUGUGCAAUUGUCCUUUGUACAGCUGAAGACUGUUAAUAAAUUCAGGUCUCACCUCCGUAUCUGGGAGGGCUGUAGUAGCUAUUCAUGGAGAUGGGAAUUUGUCUAAUUCCCUUGCUAGGCUUUCCAUAUCUAAGGUAAACAAAGUCAGCCACCUUCUCUUUUAUUCAUAGUGCCUAUUUCCCAGCCUUUGAUCAGUUUUAUAGUUCCAGUGGACAUACUCCAAGAUUUAUAGAUCUUUCACUAGCAGGCCCUAAAAUUAAACUAAGUGCUCAAAGUCCUAAUAACCUACUCUGGCUCUUAGUUGCAAUAGAUAAUUCAUCAUCUCCCAUUAGAUAAGCCAGUGCAUCUCUUCAGGAGCUGACCCCACUCUCCUCUCACCUACCAAAGGACUUUCUCAGGUGUAGUUCCAUGAGACAGAGUUCUACUCUCUCAGCUUCCUGCUGGUAAUCCGCUUUCAGAUUAGCAAUAACACUGAUAAGGAGAGAACACUGAACCCAUUCUGCUGCAUGCACUCGCAGGCUUGAAACAGAAGAGGAUGUACAUUCUUUCUGGCACACACUCACCCAUCUUGCCACCAUACUUUUAAUACCCUAUGUUGAUUUUUUUUUUCUAAUUUACAAAGGCAAUACAUGUUCUUUGUGGGAAAUCUGAAAAUACCACCAAUAUACAGAAAAGAAAAACCACCUGAAUCCCACCACAAUCUCAUUACUUAAAGCCACAUUCCCAGACUUUAAAUCAGUUAGUGGCUGGGCCCACAGACACUUUUGGAUAAGGUAUGUGAGGAAAUGCCCACAGAGCCAACAUUGUCACUUAUGUUUUGCAUGCCUUAAAGAACAGCUUGACUGCAAACUUCUCGUUGUGCUGAUGUUCAAGGGCACAAAGAAAACUUCAGAAGUGGCAGAGCCCUGAUGCCUCCUCCAAUGAAAGCUCUUGGGGAAAUUCUAAAAUCCUGCCAGAACAUUUUGUUCUCCGUGUUCCUGCUAAGAGUUAGAAUACUUACUGUUUGGCAAUACUGCCACCUACUGGAAGCUGGGCUUUAGCGUGAGUAGGGAAAACACAAGAGUAUAAAAAGCAUCUUAGUUUUUAGACAGCAAAUAAAUGGACUAGAUUAACAAUGAUCCCAUAUGAAAUUUCAAACUCUGGAAGUCUCAGAGUUGAAAGGAUUAAGGAUAUCAUCCAAACUAAUUUCCCACCUACUCCUCCCAACACACACACCCCUAAGCAAUAGCUCUCAUUUCUUUGUGUUCUAGUUCAUGACCAAAUGCAAAAUGCUCAGUUUUCAGGAAACUGUAGAUGGAUGAGAAAAAGCAAUGAUGCUAUUGGCCCAGAAAAGAUCAUUAGAAUUAAAUAUAAAGUCCAGAAGUACACCCAAAAACACAAAAGAAUCGAAUACAUUUAAAGAUGACAUUUCAAAUCUGUGAAAAAAGGUGGGAUUAUUAAGUAAAUUAUAUUGCCAUAACUAGUUAGUCAUAUGUUGGGGGGAAGUAUUAGAUCUAUACCUCAUAACUUUCAUCAAAAUAACUUCUAGGUGAAGUAAAGAUGUAAAUGUUAAAGCAUAUAGACAAACAUAUAAAUUGAUGAAUAUUUAUGUAAUUUUAGUGUGGCAAUAGCCUCCCUAAGCAUGACACCAAAGGAGGAAACCACAAAGGAAAAGAUGGGUGGAUCUGACCAAUUAAAACUGCGGCACUCCUAUACAGUAAAAAAUAACAAAGUGAAUUAAGAGAAAACAAAAUUUGAAAUAUAUGCAACAAAGAGUGUAGAUCUCUAAUAUAUACCAAGAGCUUAAACUCUGCUACCUUUGGGACGUUUUCCAUUAUCACAACCUCUUUCCCAGCCAGUGUCCUCAUUUCAUUCUUUCCUUUCCUUACUGCAUUUUUUUCAUUCUUGCUUGUUUAAUUGUGUUUCUCUCUAUUAAACCGGAAGUCCAAGAAGGCAGCAGCAAUGUCUAUUUUCUUACUGUUAUAUCUUCAACACCUAACCUGUGCUAGACACAAAGCAAAUACUGAAAACAUGUUUAUUGAAUGAAUGAAUAAUGGAUACAUGAAUAAAUAACAUUUUAUAAUUCAAAAAGAAUCAAACAUUCCAGUAGAAAAUUGAGCCAAAGAUGCAAACUGUCAAUGUACUACAAAAUAAUGCACUAAUUAAUAAUUAAAUAUGAAAGUAUUUCAAUAUACUAGUAAUUAAAAGUACAAAUUCUUAUGAUCUACUCCUUUUUAGGUUACAGAAAGACAAAGAAUAUAAAGAAUUAUAGUUCCCAGGGGUAGCAAGGAAGUAUGGAAGUAAAUGUUCUUUUACAGAGUCACAGGAGUGUAACUGAUUCAGCCUUUCUGGAAAUAUUUUGGCAGUAUAUUUUCACGUGUGCCAAGUAGUUGCAUGUUAAGGAAAUUCUCCUUAAAAAGGUCAGAAAAAAUAAGCUAAGUUACAGUAAUUAUUCAAAAAAUAUAUGCAAGGAAGGUUGCUUACAGCAGCAUUACCUGAGAAAUGGGAAAAAUGCAAAUAAGCCUACAGUAUUGGAUGGUUAAAAAUGGUAUAUCUUUUCAAUGGAAUACUGUGUACCAAUUAAGAAUAAACACUGUAUGUAUAUUUACUGAAAUGAAGAAGCUAUAUGGUUAAAUGAGAGAAGAAAGUUACAGAAUAUCCAUAGUAUGUUCCCGUUUUAAAAGUAUACAUAUACAUGUGUGCAUUCAAGCAUCUGAAAGGAUAUUUGCUAAAAUGUUAACAGCAUUUAUCUCUGGGAGGUGAGAUUUAGAGCAAUUAUAUUUUCUUUUUGCAUAUCUAUAGUUUCUGAUUAUUCCACAAUGAGCAUGUAGUAUCUGUAUAAUUUUUUCAGGGAAUAAACAACAAUGUUCACAAUAUAUACUAAAUGAAAAACACAUGUUAUUAAACAGUAUGUAUAGUAUGACACAUUUGUAAAAAAGAUAAUUAUAUAUAAAUUUAUCUAUGUAUGUAUAUAUAUAUGCAUAAGAAAGCUAGAAAGACAUACACUACAAUGUUAAUAGUAGUUAUUUAUGGGUUAGUGGGAUUAUGGGUGAUUAUUUUUUCUUUUUGCUUUUCUGUGUUUUCUAAUUUUUCUACAAUGAAUAUGUAUUACUUGUGUAAUAAAAACUAAUAUUAAAGUUUUAAAAAAAAGG